AUGGAUAACCAUAAUGACAUUGGUAACGCCAAUAGUGCAGUAAAUGACUCAAAAAAUAAUCAAACUGAUAUUGGCGUUAAUUUGAAAGGAUUCUCAACAGCCUUCAAAACUGUACACGACAGGAAAGGUGGUAAAAUUGUCAAGUUACUAAAAAAUCGCAAGAAAGUUAACAAAUCUAAUCAAAUUGUGAAUGCCGAGGCUCAGAAACAAGCUAGGCUAAUAAGGAAACACCGUGAAUCCAUCCGACAAAAACCCGCCGAUUACGAUGUAAAAUCUGAAAGGGUACUGAAAAGUAUAGCAAAAAAAGGAGUUAUAAAUAUAUUGAAGACCAUUUAUGAAACACAAAGUUUUUAA